CCACAGCGCACCCGUCAACGCGCAGCCCAAACCUGCUCCAGGUGGGAGCUCUGGGGACAGCACCGUCACCAUCGUCCCUCCCACCGACACUGCCGAGGAGCCUCAGCACAAGGUAGGGCCUGGGCCCUGUGUUCAGCACAGACAGCCUGUGCGAGGCUGCUGACGCUGCCGGCGGCCCCAGGCGCUUGCCCAAGCCUGUGGGUCUUGACUAGAGCGUUGCUUGCGGUGGAAUGGAGGGCCCUGAGCUCUGGGAAAGGCAGUUGUGGGGGGAAAGCUCAUCUGCAUCAGCCCAGCCUAAUUCUGGGGCAGGCAGAGCACUGAGCAAGUGAGAAGCAGCUGAGGUCAGAGCUCGCCAGCCCUGGGCUUUGACCUGCCAGGAACUGCCCAGACCAGCCUUGUCUGGGCUGGGUUCCGUUCCCAGGGAGCUUUGUCCUACAGCCUCUGCUCUCUUGACCUGAACUGCCUUCACUGGGUUGCUGAAGCCCUUGUUGAGGCUGUUGUGCUCAAGUGUGUCAUCUUUAGCUUUUGGAUCUUUUCAAUUAACUGGUAAUCAAUGUGUUUGAUCUCGUGUCCCCCCUUGCUGCCAUCUGGUGACAAGUGCUCCAAGAAGUGCCCCGACUCCGUGACUCCCAUUGCAACCAAAGACGUGCCGCCAGUCCUGCCACUUUACAACCAACAGAACGGAGAGAGCUGCAUCAUCCGGACCAGCGUAGAGGAGGACAGAAGUGGCAACAUCUACAGGAGCAUCCUGCUGACUAACCAAGAGAAGGCUCCUGCUGUCAUCCAGAGAGCCCUGGAGAAGCACAGCCUGCAGUGUGGCUCGGCCGAGGAUUACGAGCUGGUACAGAUCAUCUCCGAGGACAAAGGUGGGGAAGCAGAACUCUGCUGCUGCUGCUUGAACGGUGCUGCUGCAUUUUGACGGCAAGAGUGACACGCGAAGCGACGUCAGGAACGCCACGGACACGUUGUCACAGCUGCCGGUGAGAAUAAACCCCUAAGGCUGAGUGGUGCGCCAACUCACGCUGGCUCUGCUCCCUCUCUUGCAGAGCUGGCGAUCCCACCCAAGGCGAACGUGUUCUACGCCAUGAACACCCAGGCCAACUUCCAUUUCAUCCUGAGGAGAAAAGCUGCAGCACAGGAGGAGCCUGCGCCCCAUGGAUUUUAAUGGCUGAGCCUUCUAUAGGAUUUACUGCUUAUAUUAUAAGCAUGGAAACUGUUUUUCCCCAGGUUUAGUCUGGAGUUGAUAUAUUUGAAUAUGUGACCUGUAUCUAAUGUUUGAGCUUUGUAUAAUAUUUAAUACUUAUAUAACAAGUCUAUUACCUUUUUUCCAGUUCUUGUCUGCAGUUCAUGUAUUGUAAUACUUGAUGUUUUUAUCAUAUUUAAUCUUUACAUACUUGCAUAGAAACAUUCAUUAGUAUAUAACCUUUUUUCCACUAAUUUCUGCUUGGAGUUACUAUAUUUCCAUAGCUUAGCUUUACAGAAUAUUUGAGCUUUGUAUAAUAUUUAAUAUCUAUAGAAUAAGUACAUAACCUUUUUUCCAGUAAUUUCUAGUUGGAGUUAAUAUAUUUAAACGUUGUAUCUGUAUAUAAUAUUUGAGCUUUAUUUAAUAUUCUUUAAUGUACUAAUAUUUAAUAUUUAUUUGAUAUUUUUAAUGUACUAAUAUUUAACAUUUUUAUUUAAUGUAAUAAUACUUAAUAAUUUUAAUAUUUCAGUUAAUGUACAAAUAUUUAAUAUUUAAUAUUUAAUGUUUUUAUUUAAUGUGCUAAUAUUUAAUAUAUUUAAUAGUUUUAUUUAAUGUACUAAUAUCUAAUAUUUAUUUACUCUUUUUAUUUACUGUACUAAUAUUUAAUAUUUAUUUAAUAUGUACAUAGACCUUUCCCAAUAAUUUUUGUCUGGAGUUGAUACAUUAUUUCAUCUUUAUAUAAUAUUUGAUCUUUGUAGAACAUUUAAUAUUUAUAUGAUAAAUAUAUUGACUUUUUUCUACCAAUUUUUGUCUGGAGUGAAUAUAUUUUAAUGUUUGGUCUGUAUAUAGAGUUUGAGCUUCAUAUAAUACUUAUAUAUACAUACGAAAUAAAUAAGUUAAUAGAUAUUAAUAAUUGAGCUUUAUAUAAUACAUCACCUUUAUUUUAUAUUUAUCUAAUAAAUACUUGAACUUUUUCCACCUCUUCUUAUCUGGCGUUAAAAUAUUUUAGUAUUUGAUCCCUAUGUAAUAUUUAAUCUUUACACAGAUGGAACAUCUCUGUAAUAAAUACGGAACUUUUUUCCACUAAUUCUUCUCUUGAGUUAAUAUAGUUUAAGAUUUGAGCUGUUAUAGAAUACAAAACCUUUAUUUAAUACAUACUCUUUAUUUAUAGAAUAAAGAUGUGAGCUUCUUUUCCCACCAAUUCUUGUCUGGAGUUGAAAUAUUUUAAUAUUUGAUCCUUAUGUAGUAUUUAAUCUUUAGCUAAUAUGUAAUGUUUCUAUAAUAAAUACGUAAAGUUUUUUCCACUCA